AUGGCGCGGCGUCGGAGUCGCCGUGAUGAUGAGAGCCCUUGCUCUGAAUCAUUUCGCAUAGACUCAGACAUCACCCGUUCUCGUCAUUCCCAAGCUGGCGAACGCGGCCCCUGUCGAGCAUCAUCAUAUAGUUCCAGCAGCGCAUCCGGUGACGAGGGAAUUUCUGCUAGCUACAAGUGGCGAUCAAGGAAGCCAAAAUUAUGGAAGACGUCAAAGGCCGGGACCACGAUCCAUGAACGGAACUCUCAGCAGAGUCCAGAUUCCAGUUCCAGCUCCAGUUCCAGUGAUACUGAUGAAGAAGAUUCUGCGACGGAUCCUGAUAUUGAGUCUGAUUAUACAUCGUCAGAUAGUGAGGACGAUGGGUAUGCGGAUGGGACUAAGGUAAACAUAGCGCGUAUGCGCAAUCGUUGGGAACAUCGGAAGCAGCACCAGAAGGACCAGCAAUCCCCUGCUUCUAAGUGGGCUGACCCAAAUAUUGCACUUCGAGCUGCAGGGAAAAGGGAGUUCACGCUGUUCCUCCGUUGGUGUCUCCGGUUACGGCGCGGCAAGAACGGGCGACGAUCGAAAGGAAUUAGAAAGGCUAGUACUUUGGACACGUUCUGGAAAAAUUUUCUUCGCCAUUAUGAGCAAAUCAACGGAGACCCAAUGCACGACAAGCUUGGUCGCCGAAUGAGAAAGAGUAUUCGAAAAAUUGUGAAGCGACAGGAUUUAGACACCGAAGAAAAGGAAAAGACUCCAAUGUAUAUUGAGGACUUAGUGCCUUUGCAGGAGACAGUGCUUCGCACAAUGGAGAAGCGAUUCAACAUUGGAUUUCAAAGGAUACAGCAGUGUCUCUAUAACCUGAUGGCAUGCUUUACUGUGAAUCGAAUCAAUGCAAUGCGCCAUCUACAGUAUAAGCAUCUGCAGUGUUCAAUUCAGCGUGAUCCAAAAGACGGACCACCCAGAAUCUUACUUGAGAUUACCUACAAAUACCUUGGAGUGACCCAGGGAAACACAUUUCUGAUUCCAGAGGUCAUCUAUGACCCGUCGCUUAUGCUGAGCCCGCAUACGUUUUUACUCGGAAUGCUCUUCCACGACGACGCUUUCCGUCCUCCCGGAAUCAGAUCCAUGGCAGACCUUCGACGUCUAUUCCUGGAAGGAGGUCGGCAGCAGAUGGAAAUUCCACUGAAGACCGAGAAAGCCGAACAUUACGUGUUUUGCAAAGUUGAAGCGGCCAAGGGGAAAAUUGUUUUCCACCGCCACCAGCCUAUCUCAGUGGGCUCAUUAUCCAACCAGCUUCAAACCUUUGGGGAGAUUGCUGGAUUUAAGUGGAGUCUCUUUACGCACCGCUUUCGGUACGGUGGAGGGACAAUCAUGAAUGAGAGCGGUCUGGUCAGUGAUGCGCAGCAAAAUCUGAUCAUGAAGCAUACCGACAUCCGGACCUUUCUGAAACAUUACCUUCCACGUCGCAUUGGUACAGACAUGCAGGCCUUGAUGCGAGGCUUGGAGCCUGACUCAGCAAUGAUGCGGGCAGUCACUCGAAUGGGGAGGUGGAUCGACACUCGACGGCCUCGUGAGCUUACGGACGAGCAGAAGGCAAGUGUAGAAGAUACCCCAGAGCUUCAAGAGGCCAUCCAGAAACGAGACCGUCUGGCUCAAAAACUGGAGCAUAGCGCCAAAACCAGCGACAAAAAGCUAGACCGGCCCCAUCAAUUGAAAAGAAACGUCACGAAUACUCGCAAUCGUCUCCUCUACGAUCUUCGGAAGCGGGUAAGGGACGAGUUUGACAGUCACCAGGCUGUCAUUGACAUUGAGCGGCAAUUGGCCGGCGGUGCACUUCACGAUGAAGAAACCAAGGAAAUGCUUCGAUCCGAGGAACAUAUGCUCCCCCAACAGAUUUUCCUGUUGGAAAAACUGACAACGUGGCCGACAUCAGAGUCCCUAGAGGCGGAGUGGAGGAGGCGAAAUGAGGCUGUGGACGCUGUUCGGAUGUAUUGCGACGUCCGAGAGGGUGGCCCCCGACGAGGUCGACGGUACCCUAAGCAGCCACCCUCUGGCGGACAGGAUAUUGCAAUGAAUGAUUUUCCAGCUCAUCCUUCCACAGCUGCGCAAUCGCCAUUAUCGCCAUCACAAGAAGCACUUCGGAAUGCAGGGAAUCAUAUUCCAAAAGACGAAAAUGACGGGAAGCCCUUGGGAUGCUUCCAAUGCUUGAAGGUCUAUUCUCGACAUAAGCAUGUUUUGCGUCAUUUUAGGGCCACGCAUCUGGAAGACCGUCACUGCGACUACUGCAACGAGCCGGUUGAAGAUGAAAUGGUCUUAAGGAGGCACGCGCAGGAAAACCAUGGACUGAAAACCUAG